GGAUCAGCCUCAACUAUCUUCCACGACCACCUAGGUCAACUGACACGAUCUUCACAUUCCCCAAGGGCUGGUGCAGUAUCAACACCAGGACACCGUUCGACAUGUCGUGUCCGGCUAGUAACGCCGAUGACCAUGGUGUCUAUCCAGAUGGUCACGACGAGACUUAUGAUCCCAACACCGCCAUCAGUUCACACCAGCUUGAAUUCCCCACCAUCACCGAGGAACUGCACCCCACCGAGUCACUCCAUCCCGCCGAGUCAUUCAAUCCUCCCUCGUCAUUUCAUUUCCGAUACUCGGCAAGCGCUCAACAACCAAACCCCCAGUCACGCGACAAGCAGCAAACUAAUUGCAAAAGCAUUACAAACGAUAUGGCAUGUCGCUUUGACCCGCCCCUUGAUGUUCCAGAGACCAAUCCAGCCUUCAUCAAGGGGCUCUGGGUUGCAGUGCGAGAUAUCUCCAACAACAUCGUUCCAGUUUCUGAAGGACUUCCCUCUAGCUUGCGUCGAGCCCUCGAGCAGCGCUGUAUCACCAUGGAGUUGCAUAACUUGGGGAAAAUCGGUCUCCGAAUGGUCUCUCCCAAUGUGAACCGGACGGAUAUCACAAAAGAAGAGAGCAAGGUCUUCAAAGAAGCCUACCCCUGGCUCGAUGUAUGCGUACCCGAUGGAGAAGCGGACUUGAUCCACCGCGACAUCGAACAACUACGGAAGUCGCUGCAGGCAACGCGAGAGCUGCAGAUACUCCUCUUUAGCAGGCUUUUCCGUCCUUAUGACCUGCGAGAGGACCCACCUACUGGUGCAAACCUACAUCCCCCAGUCCGAGUGUUCGAUCAAUCACUUCUGCAGCUCCCUGCAGUUGAAGAACUACCGGGACUCGAGCAGCCUCCUAUCAAACAGAGCAGCACACCAAACCCCAUAUCAGGAAUAAUUACGUCUCCACAAGAAGUCAAAUGGCCCAAGGCACUCACAUGUGUGUACGGCUUGGAUUUAGACAAAUUCGUAGACGAGAUCGCCUAUCUGAUUCCAACUGGAUUCAAUCUCGCCGGAUUUCCAGAGCGGCUCUUGUUCCCUUAUCUGAGCAUCGACAUGGAAAUGGACAUGGCUUCUCGAGUUGACACUUUGACACAGCUUGACAGGAGACAGAAAAUCGUCUUCGCAACAGGACUUAUUGCGUAUCAGUAUUGGAAGAUUAUGCAGAAGAAGAAACUCACCCUCGAGAAGAAAGGUCAGUACUACAAGAAGUUUCAGCACUGGAGCGUGCUCUUUCCCGAACCGCAUGCUGCAGCACCGAAGUGGGAACUAUUCGUCACUGUUAUCAAGGACAAGGAGAGGGACCAGUGGGCUGGAACGGAGACGCAGAUGGUUGCUACUGGAACGCUGUCAGCGACCGGCCUUGCGAAAUUGAUCCGACAUCUCAAUUACGUUCAUAUCUGGGCUAUAACGGAAUACUCGGCGGCCUGCAAAUCACUUAUAGAGGAUUUGGGUGUGUUCUAA